CGUUUCUCUUGUGAUUUAGAACUAUCUAGAAGAACCUCAAUAGCUACUCUCACUUAUAAACCCUUCCUCCUCCUUCUUCUCUCACCUAUCUCUAGAAUCCACCAUUUUUGAAACCUCCAGAUUUUCUUUCUCUACAUUCUUCUGCUCUAAAUCAAUCUUUCUCUCUCCUCUGCAACAAUGGAUGAUUUCGAAAUGCCUGAAACGGAAGAGAUGAUGGACGGCGCUCCAAUGGACUUCGAAGAUGAAUCUCCCAAUUUGAAAGUUGGCGAAGAAAUUAAGAUCGGAAAUGAAGGUUUGAAGAAGAAGCUUCUUAAGGAAGGUGAAGGCUGGGAUACUCCUGAUCCUGGCGAUGAAGUCGAAGUGCAUUAUACUGGAACAUUGUUGGAUGGAACGAAAUUCGAUUCGAGUCGUGACCGAGGGACUCCUUUCAAGUUCACUCUUGGCCAAGGUCAAGUCAUUAAAGGAUGGGAUGUGGGCAUUUCAACUAUGAAGAAGGGUGAAAAUGCUCUUUGGACCAUUCCUCCUGCGCUGGCUUAUGGUGAAAGUGGUUCGCCUCCUACCAUCCCGCCAAACGCUACCCUGCAAUUUGACGUGGAGUUGUUGUCAUGGGUUAGUGUGAAGGAUAUAUGCAAGGAUGGGGGUAUCUUUAAGAAGGUCCUGGCUCAAGGAGAGAAGUGGGAAAAUCCAAAGGAUGCUGAUGAGGUGUUUGUGAAAUUUGAAGCUCGUCUUGAAGAUGGAACAUUGGUUGGGAAAUCUGAUGGUGUGGAGUUCACUGUCAGUGAAGGUCAUUUCUGUCCUGCAUUGUCAAAAGCUGUGAAGACUAUGAAGAAAGGGGAGAAGGUGCUUCUGACAGUAAUGCCGCAAUAUGGAUUUGGAGAGAAAGGCAAGCCAGCUUCUGGUGAUGAAGCUGCUGUUCCUCCGAAUUCCACUCUUCAGAUUGCCCUUGAGCUUGUGUCAUGGAAGACUGUGUCUAAUGUUACUGAUGACAAGAAGGUUGUCAAAAAGAUACUGAAGGAAGGAGAAGGAUACGACCGCCCUAAUGAAGGAGCUGUUGUAAAAUUGAAACUACUUGGAAAGCUACAAGAUGGCACUGUUUUUGUUAAAAAGGGUCAUGAAGAUGGAGAUGAGCUUUUUGAAUUUAAGACAGAUGAAGAACAAGUUAUAGAGGGGCUUGAUAAAGCAGUAUUGACAAUGAAGAAAGAAGAAGUGGCUUCAUUAACAAUUGCCCCAGAAUAUGCCUUUGGCUCCGUGGAAUCAAAGCAGGACUUGGCUGUGGUUCCUCCCAACUCUACGGUGUUUUAUGAAGUAGAAUUGGUUUCAUUUGAAAAGGACAAGGAGUCAUGGGACAUGAAUACUGAAGAGAAAAUUGAGGCAGCAGGCAAGAAGAAGGAAGAAGGAAAUGCAUUAUUCAAGGCUGGCAAAUAUGUUAGGGCAUCAAAGAGAUAUGAAAAAGCUGUCAAAUUUAUCGAGUAUGACAAUGCCUUCAGUGAUGAAGAGAAGAAGCUGACCAAGGUCUUGAAGGUGUCUUGCAAUUUGAACAAUGCAGCCUGUAAGCUGAAGUUGAAAGACUAUAAGCAAGCAGAGAAACUUUGCACCAAGGUGUUGGAUGUAGACAGCAUGAAUGUCAAAGCGCUCUACAGAAGAGCACAGGCAUAUAUACAAUUAGCAGAUCUUGAGUUAGCUGAGUUUGAUGUUAAGAAGGCGCUGGAAAUUGACCCUGACAACAGGGAGGUGAAACUUGAAUACAAGAAGUUGAAGGAAAAGAUUAGAGAAUACAACAAGAAGGAUGCCCAACUUUAUGGAAAAAUGUUCUCAAAGUUUGUUUGAUUCCAAUGAAGGUGCUUAAAAGAGGCUGGAUUGAUGAUAGGAGGAAACUGCAAGGCAUAAGGAGCACAUCUAAUGUGGCGAUUAUUCAAAUAACAUUUGAGGGACUUGUGGUUUAUCAAAUACUUUUUUUGUUUUUUAGUUGUAAAACACGAUAGAACUUUUGAAUUGAGAUAAUUUUGGGGGCAUUUGCCUCGUAAGAACUGAUUCAUUUGGCCUCUUUUAUGCUUUAAUGUGUGGAAAAGAACUUGCUUAACAAUGGAAAAAGAAAAACUAGAACAUUACAUGUA